UGUCCUCCAUUCGGGCACGGUCGAUCAAAGGGACGGCCAUGGUGUACGUCUCCGCAGCACCCCAUUUUUAUGACCUGGGUUUCAUUGCCGUUUGAUUAAACUCCAGUCCUGGACUCCACUGAGACCACACUGAGGUCGAGAUGCUCAACAUGGGGGCUGUGCUGCUGUUACUAAUUGGUGUGGCUGAUGGUGUGAAGACCUUCUGCGACGCCACAGAGCCACACAUCACGACCCAGUGCUUUGGCUCUCUGGGAGGAACCGUGGAGGUCGUGCUGCCAACUAGGACCUCACAAGAUGAUUACUACAGACUGAAGAAAAACAAUGUUAUGAUUUUUCACAACCGCAGUGAGACAGCAGACAGCAGAUAUUCAUUUAUUGUCAGUACUGGAAUAUUUACUAUAAAGGGCGUCAACAUGAAAGACACUGGUGAAUACUCAAUGGAAGUACAUGAUGCAGAUGGGAAGCAAGUAGCAUAUACUAAAUGUUAUUUAACCAUUGAAGCCCCGGUCUCCUCUCCCCUCCUGUCCCGGGAGUGUCUGUCCCGGGGACAGCAGAGGGUGUCCUGCUCUGCCGGGGGGGACGGACUCCACUACAGCUGGAGUCUAGACGGACUCCCGCUGAACGACACGCGUCUCCUCUCCGGACCCGGUAGCGCUAGUGACGUCACUCUGGAGCCGGGCCGGUCGGGACUGCUCACCUGCUCGGUCCGCAACAACGUGAGCCACGCCGCGGCUAACAUCACCUUGUCUGCGUGUGACGUCGCAGGGCACGUCCCUAUAAUCGCUGGUUCCCUGUCAGCGACGGCUCUGCUCCUGAUAGUAGCAUUGGGAGUCUACUGCGCAAAAAAGCACAAAACCUCGAAAGACACUACAGAAGCGGAAGACGCAACCUACGCAGAAGUCUCUGUGCAGGGGGAGGGGGAGGUGGAGUACGCGGCGGUCAGGGUGGCUCCAGGCCCCAGGCGGACGCUGGAGACCAAUGUGGACGAGUGUGUGUACACUCAGCCCCGGAGGACGAGGCCCUGAGAGCUGUCAACACCCAGAAGGACGCGUCGACAGCGCUUUAGCCAGAGGGCCAGCAGCCUGUUGACCUUUGACCUGCCCGGGACACUUCUCUCCCUGCAUCUGAAGGCCACUUCGUUGAAGUCCUGUUUUGAGAAUACUCAAGUCCUGGACUCCUCUGAGACCACGCUGAGGUCGAGAUGCUCAACAUGGGGGCUGUGCUGCUGUUACUAAUUGGUGUGGCUGAUGGUGUGAAGACCUUCUGCGACGCCACACAGCCACACAUCACGAACCAGUGCUUUGGCUCUCUGGGAGGAACCGUGGAGGUCCUGCUGCCAACUAAGACCUCACAAGAUGAUAUCUACAGACUGAAGAAAAACAAUUACCAGAGUACAAAAGUCAGACAAAAAACGUUGAUUAUUCAUUUAACGUCAGCACAGGAAUAUUUACCAUAAACGACAUCAACAGGACAGAGGAUGGUACAUAUUCAAUUGAAGCA